AUGUUGGCGACGACGCGGUUACGAGCUGGUGCUGUGCGUCCAGCAUGGUGCUCGCGGGCACAAUGGACCUCCCUGCGAGCAUUCUCGCAGUCGAGCAGCAGAUCACAAGCGACACCCGUCGACGAUGACCUCAAAGGCCUCAACAAGAUCUCCCGCCACAUCACACAACCCGUCGCGCAAGGAGCAUCACAAGCCAUGCUGUAUGCGACAGGCAUGACCACCGAGGAUCUGUCGAAACCCCAGGUCGGCAUCUCCUCCGUCUGGUACUCUGGCAACCCUUGCAACAUGCAUCUCAUGGACCUCAAUAACAGGGUGAAGGAGGGUGUGAAGCAAGCAGGACUGAUACCUAUGCAAUUCAACACAAUCGGUGUGAGUGACGGCAUAAGUAUGGGUACCAAGGGUAUGCGGUAUAGCUUGCAGUCAAGAGAUUUGAUUGCGGACAGUAUAGAGACGGUUAUGGGCGGACAGUGGUACGAUGCGAAUAUCAGUAUACCGGGUUGCGACAAGAAUAUGCCUGGAGUGGUGAUGGCACAGGCUCGUGUGAACAGGCCUUCUAUUAUGGUCUAUGGUGGCACGAUCGCAGCAGGAUGUGGCAAGAUGCCGAAGAAUGAGAAGCUGGAUGUUGUGUCGGCUUUUCAGGCGUACGGCUCGUUCCUGUCUGGCGACAUUACUGAAGAGGAGCGAAGGGAUGUGAUCGAAAAUGCUAUCCCAGGCUGUGGAGCAUGUGGUGGCAUGUAUACUGCGAAUACUAUGGCUUCUUCCAUUGAGGUCAUGGGCAUGAGUCUGCCAGGCUCUUCUACCAAUCCGGCCGAGAGCAAGGCGAAGCAGAUGGAGUGCUUAGCUGCUGGACCGGCCAUUCGAGAACUUUUGAAGCAAGAUAUCAGGCCGACUGACAUCUUGACAAGACGAGCAUUCGAGGAUGCCAUGGUGCUCAUCAACAUCACUGGUGGUAGCACAAAUGCCGUCCUCCACUUGCUCGCCAUCGCGCAUAGUGCUGGUGUCGAGCUAAGCAUUGAUGAUUUCCAAGCUGUUUCCGAUCGAACGCCUUUCUUGGCCGAUCUCAAACCCUCUGGUAAAUAUGUCAUGGAGGACCUCUUCCGCAUCGGUGGCACACCUUCCCUCGUCAAAAUGCUACUUAAGGAAGGCCUUCUCGACGGCUCUCGCAUUACCGUAACGGGCCAGUCACUCGCUAAGAAUGUAGAGAACGCACCAGACUUUCCCUCCGAUCAAGAGAUCAUUCGACCCUUCAGCAACCCCAUCAAGAAGACCGGUCAUAUUCAGAUCCUACGCGGUUCGCUGGCACCCGAAGGCUCCGUUGGCAAGAUCACGGGCAAGGAAGGCACAGUCUUUACAGGCAAAGCUCGCUGCUUCGACGCUGAAGACGACUUCUGCAAUGCGCUUGAGGCUGGCACUUUCACGAAGGGCGAAAAGACUGUUGUCAUCAUCCGCUACGAAGGACCAAAGGGCGGACCAGGUAUGCCAGAGAUGCUGAAACCCAGCUCAGCGAUCAUGGGCGCUGGUCUCGGCAACGAUAUUGCUCUCAUUACCGACGGCCGCUUCUCUGGCGGCUCGCACGGGUUUUUGAUCGGCCACGUCACUCCUGAAGCACAAGCUGGUGGGCCUAUUGGGCUUGUGCGCGAUGGCGAUACUAUCUGCAUCGAUGCUGAUAAGCGUGUCAUUGAUAUUACGGAUCAGUCGCCGGAAGAGCUGCAGAGACGGAAGCUGGAGUUCAAGGCGCCGCCGCUCAAGUAUCAGAGGGGUACGCUGUAUAAGUAUGCGAAGAACGUUACUGAUGCGAGUCAUGGCUGCAUUACGGAUUCGUGA